AUGGACACAACCAACAAGGAAGAAACAGUGCCCGAGUCCGGAUCGGACUGGGCCGAGUUGACCCAGGAGUGCCUGAUCAACAUACUGGGUCGGGUUAGCCUGGAGCAGCGCUGGCGUGGGGCGAUGCUGGUCUGCAAGUCAUGGCUGCAGGCGUGCAAGGAGCCUUGCCUCAACUCCGCCUUCGACCUCCAGCCUGACUUCGAGUCCGCUCGCUGGUGGACCCCGGAGUUCGAGAGAAGGGUUGAUUCCAUUCUCCAAUCUGUCGUUGAUUGGAGCGCUGGCUCGCUUCGACACAUUCGUACCACCCACUGCUCUAAUCACUCUCUAUCUUUCGUCGCUCAACGGUGCCCGAACCUCGAGGUUCUUUCAAUCAAGUGCUGCCCGAAUGUAACUGAUUCAUCCAUGGCUGACAUAGCUUUUCGGUGCCCCAUGAUCCGGGAACUUGACAUCAGCUAUUGCCAUGAAAUAUCUCAUGAGUCUCUGGUGUUGAUUGGAAGGAAUUGCCCAAAUCUCAAAAUCUUGAAAAGGAAUUUAAUGAAUUGGUUAGAUCCUUCCGAGCACGCUGGGGUAGUUCCUGACGAGUACUUAAAAACUUGCCCUCAGGAUGGAAAUUCAGAAGCUGCUGCAAUUGGCAAAUCUAUGCCCAAUUUGGAGCACCUGGAACUUCGGUUCUCCAAGGUAUCGGCUAAAGGGUUUGCUUUGAUAUCUGUAGGGUGUCCAAAUCUUGAGUACUUGGAUUUGUUUGGGUGUGUAAACUUGACCAGUCGCGAUAUUGAGAAUGCAACAUCCAAUCUGAAGAAUUUGAAGGAGAUUAAGAAGCCAAAUUUUUACAUCCCCAGGUCAGUGUUCCAUACAGAGAGGUAUGGCCAUUGGAGGCUGUAUGACGAGAGAUUCCAGACAGAUGUUUUCAGAAUCUAA